CUUUGUCAAUACAUUCUGCUUUUGCAAUUCAAGCGUUGCCAGAUCAUCAUCAUCAUCAUCAUCAUCAUCAUCAUCAUCAUCAUCAUCAUCAUCAUCAUCAUCAUCAUGCGUUUCUCCGUCCCCGCCGUCGUCACCCUCACCAUGAGCGCUGGCCUCGCAUCAGCCGCCGCCAGCCUCCCUUCCACAGCCUGCUGGAACCUCCAAUCCGUCAUCCAGAACGUCGACUACGCGCGUUUCUUCGGCCACGCCCAGCAGGAGAUCUGCAGCAAAGGCUGCAAAGUCAAGCUCUCCGAGUACGAGCCCAACCUGCGCAACUUUGGCAGGUCCAUCAUAGAAGCCGAAACCCCCAACAUGGGCACGCCGCAGCUGAACAACGCCUACAUCAGCGGGGUGGACAGCCUGAUCGACUUGGCCCGGACACAAUGCGCAGCCGGGGAGGGCGACCUGUGCGCCAUGAAUACCGCCGAGUUGCAGUCCCUGGCAAAGUGUGUCAAGGCCAACUCGUGGAGAGUUUUCCUGGACAACGCCUUGAGCCUGUGGCCUGUUCUGACCACGAACUGCCAAACGCAGUAUGACUUCUUUUCGAACCCGGCCUUGUGGGAAGAGAAGGUCCCGGCCUAUUUCCGGGGAUUUGCCGAAAACUGCGAGAAGAACUGAGUUGGUCCGGUUUGUCAAGAGGCUAGUGAGGCUUGAAGGCUGCAGGACUUGCAAGAUGUCGUCGGAAUUAUGGAUAUUCGGAUUCCCCACGGCAUAUUUAAUCGGCAGCUAUGUAAUUAGUGCACCCGGACUAUUUGCAUAUACAUCGUUAGUCGAACAACCCAG